AUGGCCUCCCACGCCCCGGAUGCCUACUCCAUGUCCGGCGCUCUGCCGGACCCUCAGCCUCAAUACUCGUCCUCCCAGCCGCCUCUUCCACAGUACCGCCCUGGCCAAUCCUACCCGAGCCCUCCCGGGUCUCAGAUGCUCGGUCCCGCUGGUCUAGAACAGCAACAUUCUCAGUCACAGUCACCUCGACCACCGCGCGACGAGCGCCCAGGCUACCAGACCACAGAUUCCUUUCGCCCUCAGCGCGUGAGCGGUAGUGGUCCCGGCCCUUCAGACCCUGGCAACGCCAUGACCCCGCUGCUCUCUACCGCUCCUCACGACAUCGUGACGGCGAGGACAAAUAGCCAGGUCGGCCUCAAGGAAUUUGCCGACCUCGUCAAGAAGAGGCAAAAUGCGCCACCCGGGAGCACCCUAAGCAAUCUCAAGCUCCUGAGACUAGAGCUUCGAGAUAUUGCCAGGAGCAAAGAGAGCCAUCGGUGGAGAAGGUGGCUUGUUGGUGGUGCCAUGGCCACCUUCUUCCCAGCUGUCAAGGCCAUUCUCCGCCUCGUGGCCCCUUCCUCUUCCAUUGCGUCCAACGCCUCCACAGAUGCGUCGUACCGUUCGGACCACGACCUCGAGAACGCCUCCAACGACACGGAGUAUGCGUUCCGCCGGAGCAAGACUCUCCUGGAACGCAUCCGCACCUCGGUCCUCGGCCGCGGCGGCGUCGCCGCCUCGUUCGCCUUCUUCGUCUUCGCCGCCCUCUACGUUUUCCAAAACGAGGUCGCCCUGCGCGUCGCCAAGACCAUGCACCGCCGCGUCAAAAAGCUUGUCGGCAAGAUUGAGGACGGUGGAUUCGAAAUCGACGAGAGGGACCUCAAGACGCUCGAGGGAUGGAGGUGGAGGGUCCUGCUCUGGGGAAGUAGCGCGCCCGCCAUCCUUCCACCCAAGUAUUCCAGGCCCCCGCACCCGGCCGGACCCGGCUCCGCCGGAACCGAAGCGGAUGCCUAUUAUCGCACGUUAUACGCGACGGAACCCGAUUUUCGGCAGCUAGCCCGGGACGACCCCGACUUCGCCAAAGUUCUCAAACAUGGCCAGAUUGACUUCACCGAUCCCGAGUCCGUCGUCCAGCUCACGAAAACUCUACUCAAAGCAGAUUUUGGACUGCGCGUCGAGCUGCCGUUAGACAGAUUAUGUCCACCAGUGCCCAACCGCCACAACUACAUUCUUUGGCUCAAGGAUCUUCUCGAUACCACCUCCUACAGCCCGCCCGGGACGGAACCCGUUCGUGGGUUAGACAUCGGCACCGGUGCUAGCUGCAUCUACCCUCCUCGGCUGCACCCAAAGGAACUGGUCCUUUUCCCGCCCCCGCUCACCGCCUGCACCGGCAGCCCCUCCGAAAUGGUCACCCCCGGCGGCGAAGUCGCCUUCAUCACCAAACGCCUCCUGCCCGAGUCCCUCGCCCUGCGCGAGCAAGUCGGCUGGUACACGGCCAUGCUGGGCAAGCACACGAGCGUCUUCGCCGUCGUCGACGCCCUGCGCGCCGCCGGCAUCGACAACUAUGCCGUGACCGAGUUCGUCCAGGGCAGCAAGACGCGCCGCUGGGCCGUGGGCUGGAGCUUCGGCCCCAUGCGGCCCGACGAACACGUCUGCCGCCGCAUGGACGAGCCCUCGUGGCGCAGCGUCCUGCCCGCCCCCGUGCGGCACGACGUUUUUGCCGCGGGAGCGGGCUCUGUUGGCACCGAGCGCCUGGUCGCGGGCGUCAAUGCCCUCGGGCAGGCGCUGGAGCUCGCGGAGUGGGUGUGGGACGAGGCGGAGUCGUCGGGCCGCGGGAGGGCGAGGCAGAACGUGUGGAGCCGGGCGUGGCGGCGCAAGAAGAUGCGCGCGGAGAAGGAUGGAGAGGCUGGGGCGGCGGAUUUGGAAACGGGACUCGGGGGUAAGGAUGCUGCCUGCGCGAUUGGGUUCAAGCUCUCCGUCGUCGUAGGGUUCGAGGAGGUCAAAGUCAUUUGUCGGUGGACGGAGGGGCACGACCACCUGCUGUUAGAGAGUCUAUUGGGGUUUCUACGAACGCGGAUCAGCAGUCUGAUGAAGUAG